CAGGGUGUUCUGAUCCGUCGUGUCCCGCCGUAGCCCGUCGCGUGCUCCGCGGGCUUUUCAGGGCUCUUGAGCCAUGGAGACCGGUGAAAGGCCGGAGCCUUUAGACAAGGAAGCCAUCGAAGGACAGCUGCGGCUUAUGGCGAACUGCUUUGGCGCGGUCCACGGAGGUCUUGGUACCUUGCUGGUCUACUCCACCACUUUGUUUUCCGAGCAGUGCGGCUCUACUGCCAAUGGCUUUUUCUAUGUCUCGACCUGGCCGGGUUCCAUGUUCCUGGCGGUGCCGCUGCUUUCAGUCCUAGGCCGCCAAGGAUGCUUGCUCUACUCCUUUAGCAGCUACGUUCUGUAUGCGAUCCUGUUUUGCACUGCGCGGGCCCUGCAGACGGGAGAUGUCGAAAAGGAGAGCUGCUUGAGCGCGGGCCCGGUGUUGCUAUGCAGCGCUUCAGUGGUGGCAGGUUUAGCUGCUGGUGUGAUGUGGACGAGUCAGGGAUCGUACUUUGCGCAUGCCUCGGCGCUGUUGGCCUCCGGAACGGAAGACCCGGAGGCGAAGACUCGAGAAGCCAACGCGUGGCUUUCAGGAGUCUUCGCGCUGCGCUACUUGGGCUGGGAGUUUGCCUUGAAGUUGCUCACUUCCCUGAUCCAGUAUUUCAAGCAGGAUGAUGCCUCCAUCCUUGUGCUGAUAGUCAUUGCCGCUCUUGCGACAGUCGUCUUCGCCCGUAGCGACCCACUGCCCCGGGAGGAGCCCACGUCGCAGGGCCCAGCCCUUGACAAAUUCCGGGCAGCCAUUUCCCUGUGGUCUGAUGUCGUGAUUUGGCUGCUGAGCCCUACGAAUUUGGCGUUUGGCUUCGGAGCAGCUUUCAUGAAUGGCUACUUCAAUGCGGAAGUCUCUGCGGGAAUUGCAGGGACAGCCUCCAUUGGUGCCCUGGCGGCGGUGACCGUGGCCUCGGCGGCACUGGGCUCCUGGUGCUUCGGUAGCUAUGGCCAGAAGCACGGCUUGAUCUUGCCCAUGGCCCUUGGAUCUUUGGCCAUGCUUGCGACCAUGUACUUCGGUUUGAGUGAGAUGAAGGGAUUGAGCGCUGCCUGGCUCUUCCUGCCGUACCUCCUUUGGGGCUUUGGCCGAGGAAGUUAUGAGUCGGUGAAUCGCGCAGCAUUAGCGGAUUUCUACCGUGGGAAAAAGAUCGAUGCGGCCUUCGCCAAUUUCACCUUCCAGCAGUGCAUGGCCUCGGCGAUCGCCUUCUUCGUGAAUCGUGCGAAGGUGUCUGUGACAGUCACCACCAUUAUGGCGUUGCUCAUCAUGCCCUGCUACGUCUUGGUGAUGCAAAGGUGUUCGGGCGAGCAAAGGCCCGUGCUCCAGGAUGUCUAGCUGCCUGGAACAGAACAUUUCGGUCCAGUCAGUGCAUGGACCAACGCCUUUCGGUGCAGAGCUUCUUCAGAAGGAGGCAUGUUUGGAAUUCAUUCACCGUUGUCCAAGCGCUGAGAGCUGGAACUCUCCGAGUUUUGGCGACAAUGACGACAAACGCAUGUUCACCAUCCAGGUCGUGUCACACGGGGGUCUUCCCCCCCUGGAGUUGCUCUGUGCCCACCUAACUUGCUUCACUUGAGAAAUUGGCAACCGACCUCUUGAGUGCUAGCACAAAAUCCUCAUUGACGCACCGCGAAGCCUUCACACUUUCGCCCUGAGCUUAACAUUAAGUGUGAAGUUGCAAUGACAAUACUAAGCCAGGUCAAUCUCCCGAUUUUACCUUUCGGUUGUUGUCCCUGUCGACACUUCUUGGCUCAAGAAACUUGGACCCACGAACGUGGGAGCUUCGUUUCUUCUGAAGAUACUUUAGGGAUUCCGUGGCCG